GAGAGAGAGAGAGGGAGAACAGAGCAACACCCACCAAUUAACGAACCAGCUUAAAUCGUUGAUCAUCCCCCCUGUUAGCUAAGUUUCGACACACGGGCGGGAAUUAGGGGCAGCUCCCCUAGAUUCAAACCAGAUGUAUGAAAACAACAAAUAGUUCUUUUAUUUGAACGCAAAAGCGAGCACCCCAAAGGCUGGAAAAGUGGGUUUUCUUUCCUUUUGUUUUUUUUUCGUUAUCUCUGGGUGUCGCUCGCUCUGGUUGCCCUCCCCAUCACAUGGGCUCCUUCUUGAUUUCUGGAUUUUUCGGGAACAAGAAAUGGGUAACCCCCCGAAUCAUCUGCUGCUUUUCGCUGGCUCUCCGUUCGCAAAUCCAUCUGUAAAUGAGUCAACUGACAUUCUACAGGGUUCUUGCCCAGUUCUUAUUUUAUUUGGGCCUCGGCAUUCGUGAAACUCACGUCCGAGCGGCACCAUCCUUUUCGGGGUUUCUUAAUCUGAUUAGUUAAUUACCACGCAACUGAUCUCCUGGGUCGUUGUUGAUUCCAGUCGAAGAUGUGCUUUUGGUUUCUGGUAAGUUAGAGGAGAGCUUUCAAGGUUGAUGCCUCACUGGCCAUUGAAGCCAGAGAGUGUUUGGAUUGGGCGUUUAGGGUUUUAAACUCCUUGUUCUCCUGUUCUUGUAAAGGCCUCGGGGAUCUAUUUUAUUCAUGCAAGAGGGUUUUCCAAAUGGUUUCUUCUAUCAGAUUUGACCUGCCUGUGACGUGCUAGUCGGUACUUCACUAAGGUGGGCGUAAUGGAAAAGCGCAAAUGGCUGUGGAAGAGGAAAUCCUCUGAUAGAAGCCCCGGUGAUGGUGAGAGUUCAGAAUCAAUUUCUUCCCCUUCUGAGAAAGACUCUGAUGGUCAGGAAGCAUCAAAGGCAUCUCCUUGUGAUGACAAUCAUUCCCCUGAAGUCACGUCUAGAGCUGAAAUGGCUGAAAAUGAUGUCAAUGAAGUCAUGAGGAGUUUGACAGAGAAAUUGUCGGCUGCACUGGUGAAUGUAAGUGCCAAAGAGGAUUUGGUAAAACAGCAUGCUAAAGUAGCCGAAGAAGCUGUUGCAGGCUGGGAAAAAGCUGAAAAUGAAGCGGCAAUUCUAAAGGAAAGACUAGAGGUUGCAACACAGCAGAAGAAAUCAUUAGAGGAUAGGGUGAGUCACCUUGAUGGGGCCCUGAAGGAAUGUGUUAGGCAGCUGAGACAAGGUAGAGAGGAGCAGGAGCAUAAGAUUUAUGAAGCUGUAGUGAAGUCUACAAAGGAAUGGGAGUCAACCAAAACUGAACUCAAAAAUCAAAUUCUCGAGUUCCAAAAGAAAGUGGAUGCCUUGGAAAAUCAACCUCCCGUGGAUGCCAAUCCUUAUCUUCACCAAAAGCUCAAGCUUUUGGAGCGAGAGAAUUCAUCUCUCAGGCGCGAGCUCCAACAACAAAAUGAAGAGUUAGAGAUUAGGACAAUCGAGAGGGACUUGAGCACCCAGGCAGCAGAAGCAGCAAGCAAGCAACAUCUCGAGAGCAUAAAGAGAGUCGCUAAACUUGAGGCUGAGUGCCGGAAGCUAAGAAUUAUGGCUACGAAGUCAUCCUUGGGUGCUGAUAAUAAAUCUGCCACUGCUUCAUCAAUUUAUGUUGAAUCUUUGACAGAUAGUCAAUCAGACAGUGGUGAUCGGCUUAAUUUGGUGGAAAUGAGUAAUGUGGAGACUGAAAAAAUUGAAUUAGGCCGCUAUGACACAUGGGCAUUGGUCCAAAUUGCUGAAUUCAAUCAGUUCAAACGCGAAAAAGGUGUUAACAAAACAUCUGUUGAGAUAGACCUCAUGGAUGAUUUCCUUGAGAUGGAACGGCUUGCUGCCUUACCUGAGGUUAGCAGAGAAGGAUCAGAAUUAGUUCCAAAGGAGAGUGUUGAUGCUGGAAGCUGUCUUAGAGAGGAACUUGAUGUUGCUCUCAAUCAUACAGCAGAACUGGAAAAGAAACUAGAGAAGCUGGAAAAGGAGAAAGCUGAACUCCACAUGGCUUUAGCUGAGAGCCAAAUCUCUGUUAACGCAUCAGAGCUUCAGCUCAGAGCAGAACUUGACGCGAUGAGUAACCAUACAAUUGAAUUGGAAGCAAAGAAAGAGCAGCUGGAAAAGGAGAAAGCUGAACUCCAGAUUGCUCUAGCUGAGCGACAGAUCUCUAUAAAUGCAUCAGAGGUUCAGCUGAAGGCAGAACUUGAUUCAGCAAAUAAUCAUACGAUCGAAUUGGAAGCAAAGAAAGAGCAGCUUGAAAAGGAGAAAGCUGAACUUCAGAUGGCUCUGGCUGAGAGCCAAAUCUACAUUAAUGCAUCAGAGGUUCAGCUGAGGGCAGAACUUGAUGCAGCGAUUAGUUGUACGAUCGAAUUAGAAGCGAAGAAAGAGCAGCUGGAAAAGGAAAAAGCUGAGCUGCGUUUGGCUCUAACUGCAAGAGGCAACUCUCUUGAGGCAUUGGAGUUAAAACUGAGAGAGGCUCUGUCAAAGACAGAAGAGCUACAAAAGGAGCUAAAUGUGGCCAAUGAGGAGAAGCAAGCCAUAGAGUCUCAACUCAGGAAACUGGAAACAGAAGCUCAGUUGAAGGACACUAAGGUUAGUGCGUUGGAGGAAGAAGUGAAGAAGGAGAGAGCAUUGUCUGACGAACUUACGAUCAAGUGUGGAGAACUGGAGGAAGAGCUAGAAAGAAAGAAAGAGGAGCUUGAUUCCCAGGAUAUCGCAAGCUCGAAUGGCCGAUCAAAGAUAAAGCAGGAGGAUUUAGAUGUGGCUGCGGGAAGACUUACGGAGUGCCAGAAGACAAUAGUGUCUCUCAGAAAGCAGUUGGAAUCUCUGGCCACACUUGAAGACUUCCUUAUUGAUACAGCCAACAUACCAGAAUUCACAGCAGGAGGAUCUAUUGUUCCCAGAGCCAAUGGAGAGAUGUGGAAGCUGCAUUCCAACAGAACUUUUUCGCCUAAACGAGAUGCCAAUUCUCUCAAAAUGCCAGGUGACAGUCCUUGUCCUUCGUUAAAUCCAAGUGAUAUUGGAAAGUCACCAGCAUCUUCAUCGUCAUCAGUUUCAUCUGCUGUGCCAUCAGCUCAAGUUAGCUCAGAGAAGAAUCGAAACGGAUUUGCUAAAUUCUUCUCCAGAACAAAAAAUGGAAUUCAGCUGGAAAUCUAGGAAGAGGGAGGAAAGGUAAAAACAUCGGUACGAUAGUUUCAAAAUAGCAGUUACAAGUUUUGUGUCCUUUGGGAUUGGCUAACUUUUGCUGUUAGCCACAUUUAAAUAUUUUACAUCAUUGCUUCAUUAAUAUAUGAAGGGUAUCUACUACAUGAGAAGUAGCUGUGAAGUAAAGUCAUCUGUUUUUUUUUUUUUUUUGGGGUGUAAAUGAAAUCAUCUGUUUUAGUGCUGUUGUUUUGCUACUUUUGUUGGCCAAUUUUUCGUGUUAGCCUAUACCCCACUCUGAUGGACGAUUGUAUCUGGUUGGUGACUGAGGCGUAUAUAUCAGAAUUAGACAGCUUAUAAUA